AUGUUACCUCUCUCGUCUCUGGUUGCCUUUGUGGGCAUUUUCCAAUACCUGGCCUCCGCCUUGCCUCAGGGCGAAGUAGGCACUACUGCAGGAUGCGUCCCGACCAGCACGACCAUCUACAGGAUUGACGCGUCAAUCACGCCUUAUACACCUUGGAGGAGUUCCAUGAACGCUAAAUACUCCACCCCUGGCGUCGUCUGGUCCGGAUAUUCGGUUGCAUAUUUCUCGACUGUUCUGAUUAUCGGGACCCGGACGUCUAUCAUCACGCAAUGGUACGACUCGAACGCGAUCACGUCCGAGGGUUAUAACAUCCUCACCGAAGUCGUCCCCACUACUUCUUGCCCUAUUACCACCACCACGACUAGUACUUCGCCGACGCUCCCGCCGUCGCCUACCACCGCAAAUUGCAGCCCUCACAUUGAUCACUCCAUGGCCCACCACCACCGAUUCCGCAACGACUACUUCGCCGACGCUACCGCCGUCGCCGACUACAGCGAACUGCAGUCCACACGACGAUCACUGGCAUUGCGAGCCAUGGCCUACUACUACCACUACCACCGAUCCGGUGCUACCCCCGUCGCCAACAAAUUCAAUCUGUACUCCGCACAACGAUCAUUUGAUGACCCGGGGACGACCGACGACUGUGAGCCGGAACCAACCAACUCUCCUUGUGACGAUUGUGAACCAGUGCCUACCCCGUUGCCAACGGGACCUGGUGGCCCUAACCCCUCCGAUGUACCGCAGCCAGUUGAGCCCCCUCCGGGCAGCGGUUCAGGCAGUGGCUCAGGUUCCAACCCUCCUCCCGCUGAUGGCACAGAUAGCCCGAGCCCCACUGAUCUCGUGACUGCCGGUGCCGGUAGAACUGUUAGCCAAGGGGUUUCCCUUGUGCUAGCAGCUGGGAUUGCUUCUCUUCUCUUAAGCUCCGGUGUAGCCAGUUCUUAA